UUUUCUAUGGCCGACAGAAGCAAAUACUUCUUUCUGGCUCCCGUGCGCGGAGCACCCGACAAGGGCACGCUUUGGACACCGCUGUUCGACCCCCGCUUUCCCACCACCAACCAAACUAAAAACUGUUGGUCAAACUACAUCGAGUAUCACCACUGCAGGCUUCUUCGAGACGACGAGCAACACCCAGACUGCCUGGCGUACUUGCGCACGUUCACGAGCCUGUGCCCCACGGACUGGGUUGAAGCUUGGGACGAACAGCGCGAAAAUGGCGUGUUUCCAGGACAAUUGUUCUUCAGCCACCUCGAGAAAAAGGUGCCGUCCACUUAGCACGGAAGCGCGCUCGUGCGACACGGCGGAGCGCGUGUCGUGGUGACUGCUACGGAACAACCCGCCGAGCCAGCGCACUCAUCUUAGAGCUGUCCGUUAGCAAAAUGCAGAACCAUUCUGUGUUAUGAGAAUAAACAGUACGCAUUAUGACAAUA